AUGUCAGCAUUCUCUGCAAAGAUUUUUUCCCAAAGCCUGAGGUGCACCAUUUACAGAAUUUCAGUGUCGGUUCGAGUCGUACCACUGAGAACUUUCUUGACUAAAAGCAGCCACAUUGUGUCUCGGUCACCCAAAGUGCCGCUUCUGUGUUGGGCAGUGGGAAGCGUUACUUAUGCUUCAGCACAGGAAGCAGUGCUUCCUCAAAGGACUGCAGUAAAGACGUCAAUCGCCACAGUGCACAUACACAGAUUUCUGUUCAUCAUAAGAUUAGGCGUACGUGCCUUAGUGCUGCUCUUAAAAUUUAGUCCGCUUAUGCUGCUCUAUCCUUUGAGUCUCCUCUCCAAGCGCUGGACAUCAUAUUGGCUAGGCGCCCUGCUCUGGGUCACAGAGACCUCCGGUCCAACGUUUAUCAAGCUUGGCCAGUGGGCCAGCACACGUCGGGACAUCUUCACUCAGGAGUUCUGUGACCGCUUCUCUCGGCUCCAUGUAAAGGUUAUACCGCAUUCCUGGAAUCACACCAAACAAUGUCUGAAACGAGCAUUCGGAGAGGGCUGGAGGCAGUUAUUUAUCUUCGACAGUAAGACGCCAGUGGGUUCAGGAUGUGUGGCGCAGGUGUAUCGAGCCAAAGCACGGGUAGCAUGCGUGGAGGACCCGGCUUUCCAGCAGCUGGUGGAGGGACUUGAGAAGGAGGACCUGCUGGAAGCCUGGGAAGUACCAGGACUUGGAGGGGCUUUGGGUCUUUUGUUGGGGGCAGAUAAAUCAGAAGAAGAGAACUCUGAGACCUCUGACAGAAGUUCUACUGAGCUUUUACACAGUGAAGGAACACACACUGAGGAGAAGGGUCUCAUUCCUGUAGCAAUCAAGGUGCUUCAUCCUGGUGUCAGGAGGCAGGUUCAGACAGACCUGAUUUUAAUGAAGGGGGGCAGUGUGCUCAUCAGCUGCUUACCUGGCCUCAAGUGGCUCAGUUUGCCUGAGAUAGUGGAGGAAUUUGAGAAGCUCAUGACUAAACAGAUAGACCUUCGUUUUGAAGCGAGGAACAUGGAAAUAUUUAAGAAUAAUUUUAAGGACUCGGAAUAUGUCAAGUUUCCAACACCUCUGAGACCAUUUGUUACAAGGACUGUGCUGGUGGAGACGUACGAGGAGAGUGAACCAAUUUCGAACUACCUCAGCUCUGAGGUUCCUACAGCUGUGAAGCAGAGAAUUGCUCGGAUGGGUGUGGACACACUGCUGAAAAUGGUGUUUGUGGAUAACUUUGUCCAUGGGGACCUUCAUCCCGGGAAUAUCCUGGUUCAGGCAGAGCAGGGAAUGUCACACCAGAGCAAAGCCACCCUAACUGAUCUGUGGGACACCGUAGUGGUCAGCAUGAGGCCAUCACUUCCCCCAUUACAGCUAGUACUACUUGAUGCUGGCAUUGUUGCGCAGCUCAGUGAAGGAGACCUGCGCAAUCUAAGAGCAGUCUUCACUGCUGUCGUUCUUAAACAGGGGGAACAUGUGGCAGAGCUGAUUUUGAACCAUGCCAGAGCCAAUGAGUGCCAGGAUGUGCCACGCUUUAAAAAGGAAAUGGCUGAUCUGGUGAAUCAUGCUCUCGGUGACAAACUCUCUCUGGGCAAGGUUCAUGUAGCAGAACUGCUGUCUCGAGUCUUUGGGUUGCUCAUCCACCAUAAGGUAAAGUUAGAGAGUAACUUUGCCUCCGUUGUGUUUGCUAUCAUGGUACUGGAAGGACUGGGAAGGUCACUGGAUCCAAACUUAGACCUCCUUGAGAUUGCUAAACCACUGCUGCUGAAGAAUUGUGCCUCGUUUCUGUCCUGAUGUCUUGGUCCAGAGUGCUAAUGUAGCUUAGAUAAGUAAUUAGUUCAUAUGUUAUUGUUUGCCUCAACCAACGACAUACUUUGGACUGGUUCAGGUUGUUAUCCCCUUAGAUGAAAUGAAAAAUCAAAUCAUCAGUGAGAUCUAUUUUAUCAGCAUCAGAACACUGUAUUGUUUUGCUUGUAGGUAAAAAACUGCAAAAACAAAGUGUUAUAAAUUGUCUAAAUAAUAAAACAAAUACUGUAACCUUUGCAAAUAAUGGUAGCUCUUUGUUUAUAAAGGCUCCUGUUUGGAUCUGAAAUGUAAACCUGAGCCAAAACACUUGUAAUGUAAUUGAUGAUCAUUUUUGGUUAUUGCAUUGGAGAGCCAUGUUAUAUGUAGUUCCAGUUGUAAUUGACAACAUAUUCUUAUGAGGAGGCUUAAAAAUGCUCAUGAUGGUAAUGAGUCAGUUGACAGGGCCCUGAUAGUUUUUCAGGUAGAAGGUAUUAAAGGUUUGGUAAAUCAUUUAUUUUGUAUACCUAAAUAUGUACUGUAUAUCUGUAAUGGAAUUAAAUGACAUGCAUGACUAAA